AUGUUAAAUACACAAAGUUCUCGAACUAUUGAAGAUUGCUUUUAUGAGAAAUUACUUGGUACUUCAUUACAUGGUCAUAAUUAUGUGCACGAACGAUGGCAUACUGAAUAUGAUUGUUUUUCAAAAUGUUUAAAUCAAUCAAAUUCGAAUUAUACGUGUAAAUCAUUUGAAAAUUGGUUUGGAAAUGAUAAAACAAGUUUAUGUGUACAAGCAAACAUUAGUUUUAGAGAAUCACCACAAUUAUUAGAAAAAAAUUCAUAUGUCAAUUAUUAUGAGAUAAGUUGUGUAAAAGAUACCAAAGCUGUUCGUCUGAUAUCAAUCUCAUGUCCCGGUGAUCAUUUAGAUAUAACUGUUGUUUUAAAUGGAAUUGAUCCAAAUUAUGUUUAUCUUGGCGGUGUUUGUAAACCUUCAUGGAGUAAUCAAUCACAUGCACUUUUCUCAACAAACGUUGAUCGUUGUUCAUUGGUUAAUAAUUUUCUCUGUAUAUUAAGUAAUAGUGAAAUUCGUGGUAAAUUAUGUUGGGAUUCUGUUUAUGAUCAAACAACAUCUAAAAAAUAUGAACGAUAUUUUACAUGUCCAUCAGAUAUUCAUCGUAUUCGAACUUACUCUUCAACAUCAUCUACUUUUAUCGAUACUAUUCGAACUUCAACAAUUUCAAUGAUUUAUAAUACUAAUGAUAGAGAAUUGUUACCAUCAAGCAAAAUAUCUUUAUUAGCAACAAUUGAAACAGAUUCUCAACAAUGCAAUGUACCAUGUACAAUUUCUAUAUUUUCUUCAUUGAAUGUAAUAAUUGAAACAGAUUUUGUCUCACUUCAAGGCGAUGAAAUUAUGCACGAAAAAUAUUUUGAUUAUCAUUUUUGGAUUGAAUCAUGUGAUCUAUUACCAUUAUCACCUUACACAAAAUAUAUUCAUCCUCAACGAUUAAUAUUUAGAAAUUGUCCAACUGAUCCAAGUCUAAUAUUUCUUGGUAAUAAUACAAUACACUCAUUUUCAUUUAAUUUCAAUGUACAUUCAAUUUUAAAAGAAUCUGUAUACGUUUAUAUUCAAUGUCAAAUAUUAUUCUACGAUAAUACCGUAAUGAAUAAUGAUCAUUUUGAUAAAUUAAAUAAUAGUUGUGCACAUCAUCUUUCACAUCGUCUAAAAUUAUUUUUAAAUUAUAAACAACAACAAUAUCAUCAUCGAUACGAUAUUAAUGAUCGUUUUUAUUCAUUUUAUAAUUUAACAAAAUCUCAUACAGAUAAAGCAAAAUAUUAUCAAAAAUUAAAAUUAUAUAAUUCUAGUCAUUUCUAUACGAGUAUGCAAUCAUUUUUACAACCAGAUGAUACACUCAAAUCUGUGAAUGAUUCAGGGAUAUUAUCCUUUUUUAUUAUACCGUCCGAUAUUCUUAUUUUAAUGUUUAUAUUCUGUACGAUUAUUUUAAAACAACGGUUUACGCCUUAA